CUGCAUCGUCUGAGGAAUUGUCUGAGGAAGUUCAACGGAGAGGAGCAGAAAUUGCAAGCAUGUAUAAAGCACAGCUGAAAGAGAGGAUGGCCCAAAAGAGAAAGGAAGAGAUUCUGAAGAAAAUGGCAAACAACGAUGACAAGAACGAUGACACUGAGGCCUCCUGCUCCUCUGCAGUAAAACGAUCUAAUACCCCUGCCACAGCCCCCGAGCGCCCGGCCAGCCCAGAGGCCACGCCAGUGGCCGCCCGAGAAGACACUCAGGGGGACACCCAGCAGGACCUGGCAGAGGUUGUGAAUGUGCUCAAGAGGCAAUCAUCUGAUCUAUACCUGCCUGACGACGUUUGUGAGGAGUCACUCACAUGGAAAUCCAUUUACGAGGAGCUGUGCCCGCUCGCUCACAGAGUGAACACAGAAGCUGACUACAUCAAGGCGCUUCGCGUCAUCACUGAGAAUGCUGUGACUCCCUCGUGCUCGUCUGAGGAUGAUGUGUCUCAGAGUGUGAGUGAGGACACAAGUCAGGAGGGGAGUAGUAAAAGUGAGGAGAGCAUGAGUGGACAACAGCAGAAAUGUCUACACAGGGAUCCUUAUGGUAAGAGGGACAGGAAGGAGAUUGAUAGUGGUAAAAUGGAAGGGAGAUUUGCAACCGCCAAUGCAAUGUGUAUGAUGGCGAGCCGAGGGAUAGAAGAACUUAAUGCCAUGAGCUACGCAGACAGGAUCAAAUAUUUCAAGUAUGAGGCUAAGAUUGAAAGGAGGAAGGAAAAAGCCAGGGACGAAGAGCUCAAAAAG